CCGAGUCCUAAACGCGCCCGUGCUCCCUGCGCAGCUCCACUACAGCACGCUAAAAGCCACCCUGAGCUGAGUAGGGCACUAGGUGUGUAACUGGGUGACGUUUGGGAGGCGGCCAUGGCGCGUCACGUUGUCUCGGCUCACUCCUAGCUUUGUAAUUUUGAUCUUUUGAUUUGUUUUUUUUUUAUUUUCUUUCACAAACAAACACACACACAAAAGCUGUGUGGAAAAGCUCAGACUCGGUCUAGACCCGGUCAAUCACGUGGACUUCAAUCAGGGAUGAAUGAAGCUGUCCCAUCUGCGGCUGCAAUGCAGAAACAAACACCAUGGUUUUGCUCCGUCAACGCUUCACAUUACUGCUGAUUCCUUCAGGACGUUUCUGCCAACUUUAAGAUAGACAGAGAAGCAGAGCAGUAUUGAAAGGACCAUGCUCAGCAUCCUAGCAGCCGGCUCCAUAUUCUUCCCAGGCCUUUUCCUGCUGUCCAAAAGAUGUCUGAAACAAGCGCCGAUGCUGAGAUGGAGCGAGGCGGACGCCGUCAUCGUCUCCGCGAGGCUAGUGUCCUCCAUUCAAGCAGUCCUGGCUUCCUCAGCUGGGUUCAUCAUUGCAUCAUCGUGUAAGGACAUCAUCGAGGACCAGCACUGGCUCACUAGCACCUACAUCCUGUUUGCGGUUCCUUACUUUAUCUAUGACAUCUACGCCAUGUUCCUGUGUUACUGGUACAAGAUGCAAGUCAAAGGUCAUGAGGAGGAUGCACCAAAAAUGAGCACGGCCAUUCGCAGCUACCUGUGGCGAGAGUUUCUCAUGGUGCUUCAUCAUGUCGUUAUGGUUACUGUCUGCUUCCCCGUGUCUGUGUUCUGGCGACAAGGAAAGGGGGAUUAUUUCCAAGGUGUCAUGUUCCUAGCUGAACUCAGCACUCCGUCUGUUUGUCUGGGCAAAAUACUCAUUCAGUACAAGCAGCAGCACACUCUUCUUCAUAAAGUUAAUGGAGCACUCAUGCUGAUCACUUUUUUCGUCUGUCGAGUUCUUCUCUUCCCCUACCUCUACUACGCCUAUGGCAGGUACGCGGAUAUCCCCAUGUAUAUGGUGCCGCUGUCCAUUCCGUGGCAGUAUAACAUGGGUGCUGCUCUGCUCAUGGCUCCGCAGGUGUACUGGUUCGGUCUGAUCUGCAGAGGAGCCUUUCGCCUCUUCACCCGGGCCUCUCGUCAUCAUCGUCCCCCAGUCUGUAGGGACUCUGAGCCCAAAACCCCCAUCUUGCCCCCAGCCAAUGGCUACAGUCCCUGUGACACAGAACGAGAGCCUAACACACACUGAGAAACACAGAGGGGCUGGAAGCAUAAGAUGGUGCAGAGGCUUUUUUGUUGUUUUUAGGCCUCACUUAUAAUGGGGAAACCUGAGGUUAAAUACUAAUAUAUUACAAAUAAUAAAUGUCCUGCUGCUCCAUUAGGUGGGGAGGAUAGAAGUCAAGGGCAGAGGAAUCAGAGGGAGAAAGAGACAGAGGGUCUGAAGAUGAUCAUCUCCAUUCUUUGUUUCCCUCUGAGGAAUUGCAAGAGCAUGCUAAUAAAGCCUGUUUCAUACUCCUGAUGUAAAAGCUCCUGAUGCGGACAGACGCUCGGAUUGUAUUCUUCAUCCAAGUUAUAUUCCAUGACUGAAUUUCAAAGCAUUGGGGAAGGGGUAUGUAAUAUAAUGUACGCAAGCACUUAUCAUUUGUACAUGACCAUUAUCGUACUAGCUGCAGAAACAACAGAUGAAAGCUGUGGGCAUGUUAGUAUUCCAAACUGCUGAACCGCCAUUAACAGAAAUGUGAUGAGUGAGGAGAGAGGAUUCAGUCUCUUUAGUUUCUCCUUCCUAGCCCACUCUCUCUGCCCUUUGUGUUUCAUAGAAAGAAAAGGGUACAGCUUUUCUGUCAGGGUGUACAUAGCAAAAUGUCUAGUGUCAAUAUGUUUAGUUUUAAUUAUUUAUUUUUAAUGAAUUACUAUUAUUUAUGUUGAAUGUAUUCAUUUGAAUUAUUUACCCUUCUAAUUUAUUUGGUUUUAUUUAUUUAUUAUGACUGGAUUACAUUUAAACUAAUAGCUGCCUCUAGUUUGACUUAAACAGAAAGGGGGAAAAUAGUGCUGAGAGAUGGAUUUGCCUUUGACCUAGUCUCUCCAGCAAGUCACUUUUCACCCUGAGCUCUUCCUCUAAAGCACCCAGGGGAACUCCGUUUGUUUUCUAAAAUGUCUGCCCCAUUGCACCUGUCCUUUUAUGAAGCUUCUGUUACCACAUUUUCUGUGACCACGACCUACAUAUUGAGCUUAAAAUAACCCAGCAGGGCUUUGGUGUUGAAGUUUAGAGGACUGCUGACACACUGCCCUUAAAAUUCUGCUUCAGUCCAUGCUUCGCUUUUCUCACCAUCAUAUUAAUCGGACCAAAACAGUAAUACAUGGGAGACAGGCAGCAUGCACAGUACUGUUUGUGAUGGGUGCUGGUCAUCUCUGCAUCACUGAGCUGCUAGCAGGAAAUACACUGCACUGCAAAGAAGGAGAGGACUGUGCACAUUUACUGGAUCAAAGAUCCUUAAAGGAAUGCUCUUGCAUUUUUCAACCUAAUCACUCUUCACGCUAUCUGUAGUGUAUGUGCAUUUUACCUGUACUGAGUAAAGAAAAUAUGUUGUAACUAAACAAAGGGCAGCUGAUAACACAACAUUUCACAAUUCAACACAAUUCUAAUCUGCAAACAUUACAUUUUGAUAAUAAAAGAUGAGACAGACAUGAGCCUCACCAGUCCUCCCUCUGUAGCUGAAAAUGAGAAAACUGAAAAUAUUGAAAUAGCUAUAGAAAUUAUUGACUGCAGUAAGCCUACAUGCUACAGAUGUGAUAGAGUUUAGUUUGAAUAUUGCGGACGUAUUCCUUUAAGUCUUAAAAUGUUUUCUUAUUUCUCAUUUUACUUAUUUAUUCCCUGUGCUGAAUGCCAUCUAUGUAGCUUAAAUGGGUUUGUUUUAAUGCAUGGGCAGGUGAUGAAUUAAAGGAAAAUCAAUGCAGAGUUUUUAGUAAGAUGUUGAACCACCACCAACAACACGCUGAUCCAGAAUCUCCUGUUGGGUUUAAGAUCUGCUGACUGUGAAGGACAUAGCACCUGAUUUACAGCAUUUGCAUCCCCAUUAGACCAGAGAGUUCUGUGGAUUAGGGCGGGGUCGUCCUAAAAGAGACCUUUCUAUUCUUUCUGUUCUAUCAUAGGAUAAAGUUUCUAUCGGUCAGGACAAGUUUGCAUCGAGUUCCAUGGACGAGUGGACGUAAACCAUGCAUAACAGAGCCACUGCCUUUUGCUUUAAUUUAUCACCUGCGACAUGAACAGCAUUGCUAUGUUUGAAAGGAAAUGAAAACCCUACACAGAUCCCUUUAAUAGAACAGGAUUUCUAUUGUAGAGCUUUCUCAAGCUUCCGGACUGAGCUCUGUUAUGCCGAGCUCUGUCUGAUUUGAUAAGGUAAAGGGGUGUCAAGCGAAUGGGAGAUGGUAAUGUAACAAUAUUUUGCAUUUAUUGAUUUAUUAUUUAUUUAUUUUAGUGUUUUAUGUUAUUUAUUUGGAGAAGACUGAAUGUACAUAUGAAUACAUCUAAAUGUUCUGUUGAGUGGACAUCUGUGGCUGCCUGGCUGAAGGCUCUCCUGUACUCGUCCCCUCAGCUACAAUAUACUCUACUGUCUUCUACUGUACU